GGCGGUGAGCCUCGUUUCGAUUGGCCGUCGCGGCUGCCAGUCAUUUCGCAGCCUGCCGCUUUGGCUCCAGAGUCUCGGAGAUGUCAAAGGCUGAAGCUGCUCCCUUAGCCACAUUAUAACUAGUAGGGGGGAUCUCUGGUAAGCAAUGGCCACAGCUGCUUCGAAUCCCUACAGCAUUCUCAGCUCGACUUCCAUGGUCCACCCGGACGCCUCGGUCAUGCAACAAGGGGGGAGCCCUUUCCGAAACCACCAGAAACUGCUCCAAAGCGACUACCUGCAGGGCGUGCAGAGCAAUGGACACCCGAUCGGGCACCAGUGGGUGAGCAGCUUAGCCGAGGGCAGCCCUUGGUCGGCGUCGCUCGAGCAGCAGGACGUAAAGCCGGGACGGGAAGACCUUCAGCUCGGGGCGAUCAUCCAUCACCGCUCGACGGCGCAUGUGGCGCACCACUCGCCGCACACGAAUCAUCAUGCGGGCGCAUGGGGCACGCCCGCGUCUCACAACUCUUCAUCCAUCAACCUCUACUCCCAGACGGGUUUCUCUGUUAACGGCAUGCACGGCGGGUUAACGCCGCCUCCACCGCCACCACCGAGCUCUGCGCCGACCCAGAGCUUGCAUCCCGGACUACGCGAGACGCCCGAGCCCGGCGAGCUGGGAGCGCACCACUGCCACGACCACUCGGAUGAGGAGACGCCGACUUCUGACGAGCUCGAGCAGUUCGCCAAACAGUUCAAACAGCGGCGGAUCAAACUGGGAUUCACGCAGGCCGACGUCGGGCUGGCACUCGGCACGCUUUACGGCAAUGUGUUCUCGCAGACCACGAUCUGUCGCUUCGAAGCGCUGCAGCUCAGCUUUAAGAACAUGUGCAAGCUCAAACCGCUGCUGAACAAGUGGCUCGAAGAGGCCGACUCGUCCACGGGCAGCCCGAGUAGCAUCGAUAAGAUCGCCGCGCAGGGCAGGAAGCGCAAGAAACGGACGUCGAUCGAGGUGAGCGUCAAGGGGGUGCUCGAAACCCACUUCCUGAAGUGCCCCAAACCUGCGGCACAGGAGAUCUCGUCUCUGGCGGACAGCCUGCAGCUGGAGAAGGAGGUGGUGCGCGUUUGGUUUUGCAACCGACGGCAGAAGGAGAAGCGCAUGACGCCGCCGGGAGAGCAGCAAGGACACGAGGUUUACUCCCACACCGUGAACGCGGACAGCUCCUCCUGCCGUGAUCUCUGACCAAGAGCGCUCGCGCUGCACGGAAAUCUUGGCUUUUCAUCAUCUUUUUUUUUUCUUCUUUCUUUACGGUGGCUCUUGGUUCUCCAACUCUCAAUCUCUGUUUUUUUUUUUGCUUUCUUAAUCCCUUAAUGACAAGAAGCGAAACUCCCUGAGCCCCCCUAAAACAAAAAACAAUAAGCGAGAUGUUGCCCUUCAGUUUUGGACUUUUUUUCUUUCCAGAGAAAUGGGCAUUAAUGCGAAGAAAAAAAAAAGAAAAAAAAAAAAAAAAACAAUGUUUAUUUGAAUCGCAAAUGGACGUUCUUUACCAAAAUUUUUUUUGUUGUUGUUUUUGUAUCACAGCAAGAAUAUGAAAAUAUUGUGCCUAUUAAAAAGACCUCCCAGCGCCUUGGUUUGAAACACAUAGCCUACAGUUCUACAUCAGGUUGAGUAGGCUGGUCAUUUUCCCGCAUAUAAUCGCAUGGGCUUUGUUUUUCGUUGUCAAGCUGCGUCGCUUUCCAUGCGUUUGUGUUUAAUUUGCACAUUUCUGUAAUGAGAAGACAGCCUGCCCAGUCCCACUGAUGGUUAUCUGAUGUAUUUCAUGUCAGUCCAUCUCCAUCACUGAGCUCUGAAGUCUGUCGACGGCCAUUUUAAGCCUCGCGCGUUUUGAAAGCUUUCAUCUGCAAGCAUUUGCUCACUUUUUGUUUAGUUUUUGAGUUUAGUCAUGUCCCUAUCGGCUGCUUUUAUUUCCGUGCGAUAUUACAAGGCAGAAAUAAAGUACAGCACUUGAGAAGCACGUCGCUAGUUGAGAGAAAUGUUGCUCUGAAAAGGAACGCACAAACAAACUCGUCUGCUUUUCUGGUUGUAAUGUUGUGCGCUUGUUUUUGACUCAUCUAUCAUCGACCACAUUACUGUGUACUGAACACUAAACCCGAGCAGAAAGCUACUUUACCAGUGAAAGCGUUGCGCUACACUUAUAGCCUAGACUUAUUUUAUUGUACACCUUCAGUAUCUAAAGUUUUAUAAUCUUAAAUACUCCUGUUAUUGGUUCGUUUCCUAAAUAUUUUUUCCAAUACUGUACAGUUUUGUAUAUUACAAACUUUUUGAAUUUAUUAAUUUAAACGAAAUACCGUUUAGUUAUUCAUGCACUUAGUGAUGUAAAAAAAAAAGAUAUUUUCCUUAAAGAAAUUGACGUUUUCGGCAGUACUAUUCCAAAUUUAAGAACAGGUCAAGCGAUUAUUUAUUUUCAAUAUAAAGCUUGUAUUAUGUUUUUGGAGCAAACUGUAUAAUGUAUGUUGGAAUAAAACAACUUGUUGGUAUAAUUUGAGUUCUAGCCUACUUUCUAGCAGUGGUUCAAUACCUGUUUAUCAAAAGAUUAGAUUCAGUCAGGUUUAUGUAGGUAAUAAUGUCAGCUGACUUAUAUUAUUAUUAUUAUUAUUAUUAUUAUUAUUAUUAUUAUAGUAUCUGGAAUUAUAAUUUCUUAUGAUGAUAAUGUUUUCUUUUUGGUUUUCUUUUUGCUUUCCAAUUAAUUCAACCAUAUUUCACACUUUAUUUAUUGGACUAAUAUUUGGUGUCUGUCGUGCAUUUUAAACGAGGAGGAAAUGCAUUUCAUACCGGAAUUUAAAAUUACCUAGGGUUAUCCAAACUACAUUUGGCAAGAUAAUCAGCUAGAGAUUAUCUAGAAGUGUUUUAAGGGUGCAGCGGCCUUAAGACUGGAAUCACUUCUUCACUUCUUUCACCUUAACUGAGGCCUAAUGCCUAAAGUCUGUUUAUUUGUUUGUUUGCAUGAGAGAGAGAGAAAGAGAGAGAGAAGGAGAGAAGGAGAGGGAAAGAGGGGCUUUGCCUUGAAAUGCAGUUCCUGACAUGAAUACUAAUUCAGACUAAUAUAUGCAUUUUCUCCGCCUGCAACCUUCAGGCCCAUGGGGAGGUUCGGAUGAGGAGCCAAGGAGCUUAAAUAGCAUAAUGUAGUUUGUUACAUGAAAAUGAUGUGCGAAAGUUGUAUUGCAGCUGCUCUAUGACCUGUGCAUUUAUUAUUAUUAUUAUUAUUAUUAUUAUUAUUAUUAUUAUUAUUAUUAUUAUUAUUAUUAUCAGUAGUAGUUAAAACAAGUGACCACAAACGAAACAGACACAAUAGCUUCACUUUGCAGCCCAUCUGCUGUGCAGAAAAGCUAAGGCUUGUUUACAGGCGGAAAGUGACGUCUGGGAUUUGCAUAAUGACCCUCCUCGCGCUGCGUCCUUCCGGCUAAUUUGUCCAGCGCUUCCGGAGUGUGCACUUCACCACAGGAGGUCGCGCCUCGCGCGCCCCAAGCCAAAGUUUGGAAGGGACUUGGGAACAGCAGAGGAGCACAUCUCAUCAUCUCCAUCUCAGCCAAUGAGCACAGCGAGAAGGUUCAGGCAAGCCAGGCAAGCAGAGAGGACUGCAGGAAGUUGAGCGAAAGAAAGAGAAGCGGAGAAGCUGAAAGUUGGAAUCUUUUAUUUCAGGUAAGGAAACACUUAUUACAGUCUAAGAGUAGGCUAUAUUUUAUAAAUUGUUAGCUACCAUUAUCACAAAUGUUACAUUAGACUAAACACCAUUAAUUUAAAAACAACAACAACAAAAAAAAACAAACAACAUUUCUGUAUAUACUACCAUUAAUACUCUUAUCUGAAUUAUCAAAUAUGUGCUCCUUUGUUAAGAUUGUGUUUGAAUUUGAAGAACUGAAUUUGAAAUGGAUAAUGGAUCGUGCCACAAAAAUUAAAUUUCAA